AAUCAUCAGACUUACAGUCCUUUCAGUGCCUACCUGGGCAUUCCUGGGCCAUCAGGUAAUGUCGUUGGCACCUGGCAGAUCGUUCAGUUGUGCGCCGAAAGAGGCGCCCCCCCUUUUCUUCAUUUCCACCAUCUCGGUGGCCGAGCAGAGUGAGAGCAGCUUCAAGUCGCCAGAGGUCCUGUCCAAUGGCUAUGUGCUCUCCAAGCUGGCAGCGGAACGUUAUGUGCACCGAGCCUUCGCGUGCGGCGUCGCAGGGGUCAUCUUCCGCCCUGGCAUGCUCUGGGCCCAUUCCAGCACAGGCCUUCCGGUGUGGCCGAACUUCUUCCCCACGCGCUUUCUGACCGCCUGUGCCCGCCUCCGUUGCGCACCGAGCGCGCCCUUCAAGUGCGAUAUCACUCCAGUGGAUCACGCUGCACAGGAGGGGUGAUGGUGAAGCUGGCGCUGGCUGUUCACGGAGCCCGUGGCGAGAGUCCGCCACCGUGGCGGGUGUUCCACGUGUUCAAUCCUAAAAGCCCCAGCUCCUUGGCGACGAAGAUGUCAGUGGAUUCUGCCGAACGCGUUCGCUGAAGGCGGCUGGGCUCGCUGAAACACAUGGGCCAGUUCGCUUCCCCGAAUUAGACCCGAGGACGCUUGCCCUGUGUAGGUCAAGAGGGUGAAGCAGCGACCGGAUCCUCCCGUUGUUUGGGGGAAAACUCCCCCAAACAACACAUCGGACGACAUGCAAAGCCACAAACACACGACAAUCCCACGAUGUUUCGCACCGAACCUGUGCAGAGCAAAGUCAGUUCUAUACAGUUGGUAUUUUUGUUGUGCAAGAGCACCCCUGUUCCAUGUGAGAACCACAUGCAGAGCCUUGAUCUUGGCUGCCAAAGUCUUGCAAAUCUGUAUGACUCUCUUGCCGAAAGUCCGGACCAAAGCAUCCAGCAAAGUGCCGACAUCAGAGCUCUUGGGCACCAGGAUGAUUGAAGCCUCCGAUGAAUAUCCCAACCACUGGGUCGCUUCUCCCACUGGUUUGGACAGAUCUUGUCUGCAUGCCUUGAUGUGCCUUUCUUAAUUUUGGCUUCGUCAUGAGCCACUCUGCCAGCGCAUGUGAUCAACCACGGAACCACAUCCAUUGAAACUGCCAGUCGUUGCCCUCAGCCACUCCGCAUCUUACUGCAAACAGGGAAAAUGCUUGAAAAUGCAUAGAUUCAUGAUAUGUAAUACCAGGGCCCCCUAAGGAGUGUCUAAUUAUAGCUCCCUUUAGGGGGCCCUGGUAGUAUACUUGAUGUGCUUUGCACAGUCGUUCAUUUGUCUAAUCCCCUCAGUGUUGCACACCACAACAUCGCUUGCUGCUAAACAGCCCGGCAGGUGUCACCGAACAUUUGCAUCUGUUGCGUUGAUGAGAACGCGAGGGGGCACGUCAUCAUUUGAUGCGCAUCCAACAUCCACGGCAAAAAUAAUGCAAGCCUCUUUUUCAGAUCCGGACCAAUGCAGCUCGUUGGCAACUGCAAGGGAACUCAGCACACUAUAGUUUCUUGCAAGGGAUUUGAACUAGCCUUUGAGCCGUUCCAUAGCCUCCGUGAAGAUGAUGUGAAGGACCAGGCCUCGCCAAACCCGGGCCUUCGAGACGCGGGACUGGGGCGAUGAGUGGAGGAGACGGUGCAGUUGGAUGAACCCCUAGGGCUCCAACUACCUCCUGAGAAGGUGGUUGGGGUGGGUUUGGGGUGUCUAACCACCUUCUGAGGAUAUGGUUAGAGCCCCAGGGAACAGUCAGAUCCUUUUGCGAGUUGCGACUCUUGCAUCUCGUUCGAUCAUGGGAACCUCCCAGCAGCGAAGAAUACCAACGUUGAUAGUUGAUGAUAGUUGGGGAAAGCGUGAGAUUUCACACGCCUGGUCACUCGUGAAAACUCCCAAAUCAGAUCCCCAAAUCCCGGUCGGUCCUCGCGGUCCGGGUCGGGAGUCUUGAUUCCGAGUGACGGGCAUCUUGGAAUGACCUACUUUGCGGAUUGGGUCAGGAGUCCAAUUCGGCAUGUCCUCGCUCACUCCCCAGGACCGGACCUCUCCUUUGGGUUUUCGGCAGCCACUGAGAGCCUGAGCCGCAGG